UAUGUGAGGUUAUGUGGGAUAUUGUGAUAAAAAUUUCAUAACAAUGGCCAAAUACCUCGCUCAAAUAAUAGUUUUGGGGGCUCAGACAAUAGGAAAGGCCUUUUCGAGAGCCCUGAAGCAGGAGCUGGACUUCUCGCGUCAAGCAGCAGCACGACAAGCAGCCAGUGGUGGUGGAAGGGGUGGUCAAAAUACCGAAGCUAGAAACCUCCGGACAGGAAUGACCCUGGAGGAAGCUCAGAAUAUCCUCAAUCUAGACAAAUUGGACAAGGAGCAGCUGGAAAAGAGCUAUAAGCAUCUCUUUGAGGUGAAUGAUAAAUCAAAAGGUGGCUCAUUCUACAUCCAGUCGAAAGUUUUCCGGGCCCGGGAGAGAAUAGAACAAGAGAUGGGUGAUAAAGAGGAGAAAAAGUCAUAGAGAAUCUUCAAGAGGAAUGGUGUCUAGUGUACAAAAAGAAGCCGGAAGUCAAAUAGCUGGUAAUUUAUUGUUUUUUCCGUAACAAAAAUCCAAGUAAAAUUGCAGUUGAAGUA